AUGUCCCUGCAAUACGGGGCGGAAGAGGCGCCCCUUGCCGGCAGCUACGGCGCGGCGGACUCGUUCCCGAAGGACUUCGGCUACGGCGUGGAGGAGGAGGAAGAGGAGGCGGCCGUUGCGGGCGGCGGGGUUGGGGCGGGAGCCGGCGGAGGCUGUGGCCCGGGGGGCGCUGACAGCUCCAAGCCGAGGAUCUUGCUCAUGGGGCUCCGGCGCAGCGGCAAGUCCUCGAUCCAGAAGGUGGUGUUUCAUAAAAUGUCACCCAACGAGACCCUCUUUUUGGAAAGUACCAACAAGAUUUAUAAAGAUGACAUUUCUAAUAGUUCCUUUGUGAAUUUCCAAAUAUGGGAUUUUCCUGGGCAAAUGGACUUUUUUGACCCAACUUUUGACUACGAGAUGAUCUUCAGGGGAACAGGAGCAUUGAUAUAUGUCAUUGAUGCACAGGAUGACUACAUGGAGGCUUUAACAAGACUUCACAUCACUGUGUCCAAAGCCUACAAAGUCAAUCCCGACAUGAAUUUUGAGGUUUUUAUUCACAAAGUUGAUGGUCUGUCUGAUGAUCACAAAAUAGAAACGCAGAGGGACAUUCAUCAGAGAGCCAAUGAUGACCUUGCAGAUGCUGGGCUAGAAAAACUCCACCUUAGCUUUUAUUUGACUAGUAUCUAUGACCAUUCAAUAUUUGAAGCCUUUAGUAAGGUGGUACAGAAACUCAUUCCACAACUGCCGACCUUGGAAAACCUAUUAAAUAUUUUUAUAUCCAAUUCAGGUAUUGAAAAAGCUUUUCUCUUUGAUGUUGUCAGCAAAAUCUACAUUGCAACAGACAGUUCUCCUGUGGAUAUGCAAUCUUAUGAACUUUGCUGUGACAUGAUUGAUGUUGUAAUUGAUGUGUCUUGUAUAUAUGGAUUAAAGGAAGAUGGUAGUGGAAGUGCUUAUGACAAAGAAUCUAUGGCAAUUAUCAAGCUGAAUAAUACAACUGUCCUUUAUUUAAAGGAAGUGACUAAAUUUUUGGCACUGGUUUGCAUUCUUAGGGAAGAAAGUUUUGAACGAAAAGGUUUAAUAGACUACAACUUCCAUUGUUUCCGAAAAGCUAUUCAUGAGGUUUUUGAGGUGGGCGUGACUUCUCACAGGGGCUGUGGUCACCAGACCAGUGUCCCCAGCCUGAAAGCAUUGGCACACAAUGGCACGCCUCGAAAUGCCAUCUAG